AUGGAUUCCAAUGGAGGAGCAGUCUACUGCACGCUUCUGUUGAGUGACAAUUACCUUCCUGGUGCUAUGGUCCUUGCCCAUUCCCUACGCGACAAUGGUACAAAAGCGCGGUUAGUGGCGCUAUUUACGCCAGACAGACUACAAUCGAGCACCAUCGACGAACUAAGGACCGUCUACGAUGAGUUGGUCCCAGUGAGCUCAAUGGUAAAUGACACACCAGCGAACCUGUGGCUCAUGGACCGUCCAGACCUGAUUGCAACAUUCACCAAGAUCGAGCUCUGGCGCCUGACGCAAUAUCAGCGGGUCGUAUACAUUGAUUGUGAUGUCGUAGCUCUCCGAGCCCCCGACGAACUGUUAUCGCUGGAAGCAGACUUUGCUGCCGCGCCUGACGUUGGUUGGCCGGAUUGCUUUAAUAGUGGAAUGAUGGUUCUUCGACCUAAUCUGCAGGACUAUUAUGCGCUAAGAGCGCUCGCCCAACGAGGUAUCAGCUUCGAUGGCGCCGACCAGGGUCUGCUGAACAUGCAUUUUCGGGACUGGCAUAGGCUAAGCUUCACGUAUAACUGCACGCCAAGUGCCAAUUAUCAGUACAUUCCCGCGUACAAGCAUUUCCAAAGUACCAUCAGUCUUAUUCAUUUCAUUGGUGCCCGGAAGCCGUGGAAUAUGCCCAGACAGAUUCUUCCGCUGGAGUCCCCGUACAAUCAGCUUCUAGGCCGGUGGUGGGCUAUCUAUGACAGACAUUAUCGUCUGCCAUUUAUUGAAGAGACGGCAUUGGUCCAAGGCGACCAAGUCCAUACCCCUCGACAUGACCGUGCCCCUCGUUAUGACAGCACCAUUCCUCAUGAGACACAGCGGACGCCUGAACAACAGCCCUACCAUAUUGAAGAACCAGCGAGCUUCCACGAUGGGUCACACCAAGUACCGCCAGUCGACCACAGCCAUCCAGAACCGCACCGCGAACAUUCUGCUCCUGCUGUUGUACGCCAUGCUGCUGUGCCUGUAUUGAGCAUGGUACCGCAGUAUGUUCGCGGAGAGGAGCAUAUCUCAACAUUUGUCUCGCCAUUGCCUCCUGCGCCAAUCACUUUCGCGCCUCAAGUGAGCCACGAAACGUACGAGACACGGAUACAGGCCCAGGCACAGAUGCAGACCCCGAACCAGACUCAGGCGCAGACACAGAUACACUACCCCGAUGGCCAUAUUCACCAACCACAGCCGCUGGCGCCGUGGGCCACCACCGGUCAACACGAAACCCGAAGGUUUCAGUUUACAACAGAAAACCUACAAUAUGUCGGAAGACACGCAUCUAUUCCAACCCCCGUCGUCCUCCCCGAGGCACCGAAAAACAUGUGGUAUGAGGUUCCAGCCAAACCGGAGCCCAAACCUUCCACGGUCUUCCCCUGGGAGCGCCAUGCUCCAAAACCCACCCGCGUCUUCGCCGAGGAGGCACCUGUGGAGUUGGUGGGAGCUCCCGUGAUACCUGAUGAACCGGAGCAACCUUCAGUCCCAAGCGAGUCAGCCCCUCCCGGACCCUCACCUUCCUACACUCGGGUACCGUUCGAACCCAGUGCCGAAUCUUGGCAAACAUACACCCGCUCCAACGCCUGGGAUGAGGACCCAGAGAUCCAGCGCUACAUUGAGACAAUCCAAGCACGGCGCACAAAAUCACAAGCGACAAGCCCGGGGGGCCCACUCCAAUAG